AUGGCUGCCGGACUACAGGGCAUCUGCCACAUAAUACUAGACGGACUAGAUGAAUAUGCGGGUAUUUCUUCUUCACAGCGAAGCUCAGAGAGCAAUAUUAUGAAGGUCAUCUGUUUGGAGGAAUUUCCAGAGUGUCGAGUCCUUGUAACAACACGCCCUCACCUAGAGAACUUCUUCGAUCAAGAUGAUCUUCCAAGGGUAUACACAAAGAUGUGGAUCGAAGGAUUCUCGCGAGAGAGCUCAUACGAGUACAUCAACAAGUUCUUUGCUUCGACUUCGAUUCCUGAUAGAGGGCGUGAUCUGGAGGUUUACCUUGAUGAACAACCACUUAUUGAUGAACUUGUCAAGACACCUCUAUUUUGUCUCAUGAUAUGUCACGUAUGGAGUGAGGGCCUACUGGACAGUGGUACUACAACUCAAACAGGAUUGCUGGACAAGGUGAAUGUUUUUCUAAUGCACUAUGCAAACGAGCGAUCGAAGUCAAGUGUUAAAAUCACACAAGAAAAGUUAAAGGAAGUAAUUCAUCAAUUAGGCGAAGUUGCCCUUACUGGCCUUCUCGACGAUGCCAAACAACUAGUCUUCACGCCUCAUGAUUUCCGUAAAGUUCCCGCAACCCUGGAUAUGGCAUGUGAGCUUGGGAUAGUAUCCAAGACAACUGGUAACAUCACGCGACUUCCUCAGUCCAACGAGACCACUUCCACUACCAUUGAGUUUUAUCACAAACUCGCCCAAGAACACUCCGCCGGGAAAUUCCUCGCUGAUCAAACAAACCGCUUUCUGUUACAUUUAAAGAUUUCCAAAUUGGACAGAGUACUGCGCAAGAUAAAAGCAAACAUAUGUGACUACGAGAAUCUUAUCCGAUUCGCUGCUGGCACUGACAACAUCCUCUGUAUACGAAUAAUGAAGGCGCUCCUUAAAAACAGCUUUUUGGAUGAGAGCGAGCGAUAUCGCAUUCUCCUUGACUGCUCAUCCGAGACUACGGGUACUCAAGGAAACGUGUCUUCAUUGGUUCAAAGAUGUGUUAAUGCAGAGAGGAUUGUUCUGAAGUCACCGACUGUCUACACCGUCGUUGGGAUGCAAAAUCUUCCAAAGCAACUUAAACGUCAGGUAAUGACUGUCAUGUUUGAGGGAUCUACUUUAGCUACCGACGUGACGACCGGACUAUGGUCCUGCCUGGGAUCAUUUUCGAUGCUACAUACUCUCACCAUCUCAGACUCCUCUCUCAGUUUCCAUCCAUCUACCCAUGAGCUUCCAUCCCAGCUCACACGCAUCGAGCUUAAAGCACCGUCAACACUCCCAUCGGAGAAGACGAGUGUAUCUACUGAAACGAUGAGUGGACUGGGUCUUCUGAUCGGAGAAGAAACCAAGAACCUGCAGUGGCUCAUUCUGACUAGGGUGAAGUGCACAGACGAGGAAGACUUGGUUCAACUUGUCGAGUGUUGCAAAAAUGUGAAGACGAUGAAUCAUCUAAUGUGA